AUGAAUGAAGGAUAUAAAAAUAAAAAACACAAGCAAGAGAUAAUCAUAAGCAGAUUUAUGCCAAAUACAAUAGCAAAUCUCAGACAUUUAAGCACCGUCAUUUACAAAAACUACUGCUAAUUCCUGAAGCUACCUUAUAGUCAUAAGGAUUAUAGAAAUAGAGAAAUUUCUACUAAAAGAUCGAUAGGCAACCCAAAAAAUCUCAAUAUAGAAUGA